AUGCAGCCAUUAACAAACAUCACUGUUUACACUGAUAUCAAUGAGUAUAAAUCGCCACCUUGUGAUCCAUCCACAACAUGUCACAACUUAACAAGGAGGUCUGAGUGUUUCUGUGGUACAGGGCUUAUAACCAUUCGUGGGAGUUCUGGCAAAGCAACAACUUGUAAAGAUGUGGACGAGUGUGAGGAUGAAGAUGUGUGUGGCAAGAAUGCUACCUGUCAUAACUCCUUUGGGAGUUACCACCGUAUCUGUCGGGCAGGAUUUCAGCCAGUUCCAGAACAGACAGGAAAGACCAGCACAGCCAAACUCUUGGGAAGUGGGUCUUGCUUCGCAAUAGAAUCAGCUCGCCAAUUACUUAACAAAGUCUGUCAGAAUUUCAGCGUCACAGACGAUAUCCAGGUCAUCGCAAACUUUACAAAUAGUCUCUUCAAUAGGAAUUCACGGCUACAGAACAUGACGACCAGCCAGUGGUUAAACGUAACAACAACCAUCUUAGAUCUUUUGGAGAAUACGGCAGUGGCUAUUGCUUUGACUUUGCCCAGUGGAGGAACAAAGUCAAUCUCAGAAGACUCUUUUGCUGCCCAGAUCCAGGUGUCUGGUAAUCAAAAUUUGCCAGAAGACUUGGUAAAAAUCGAGAUCUGGCAUAACACCAUGGAGAUAAACUGGAGAAGGGUCAUGGGAGCAAAGAACUCUGAUGACGACACUGAUCAAAGUCCAAAUCACUUUGCUCCAUCAGACUUUGCUGCAGUCUGCUUCUUUGUAUUCAGCGACAUGGAAUCCAUUUUGAACAACGAGAUCCGUAAAGAUGGGGUCAAGCAAUUGGAGACAACUGAAGGAAUAGGCUGGUUUAACUCCAAAGUGGUAACAGCCAGAAUCAGUAACAAAGCAGCCAGUCGUGAACUGACAGAAAUGGUCAAUUUUACACUGAAACUCAACCAGGAUACCAAAGAUCACGAGAAGGCCAAAUGCGUUUACUGGAAGAUAACAGACGGGGCAAGUUUCUGGUCCCUUGAGGGCUGCUUCCUGAUUAGUUCCAAUGAAAGCUACGUAAUGUGCCAAUGUAACCAUCUGACGAGCUUUGCUAUUUUAAUGUCUCCGAUUGAGAUUGAGGUAAAACAUCAUUCAAACUCCGGUCAAAGAAGGCUGGUCCUUGUUGCUGAUCAGCACAGUCGGGCUCACAAUAUCCCUGCUGUGCCUUGCCGCCUCCAUCGUUGUGUUCACAAGGUGCCACUCCAUCCAAAAGGCCAACAUCAUUGUGUACAAGCACCUGAGCAUCAACCUCUUCCUGGCACAGCUCAUCUUCCUGACAGGAAUCCAUGUGACAAACAAGUGGCCUGCUUCAUUUGGAGGCUGUGGUCAGCUCAGACAUGUCCGCCUGGUUAUGCCGAGCAAAAUAAUCAUUGUGCGGAUAUCAAUGAGUGUAAAUCAUCACCGUGUGAUCCAUCCACAACAUGUCGCAACUUGAAUGGGAGCUAUGAGUGUUUCUGUGGUAAAGGGUUUAACCCCAUUCCUGGGAGCUCCGGCAAUGCAACAACUUGUGAAGAUAUCGAUGAGUGUAAAACGUCACCGUGUGAUCCAUCCUCAUUAUGUCGCAAUCUGAAUGGGAGCUAUGAGUGUUACUGUGGUAAAGGGUUUACCCCCAUUCCUGGGAGCUCCGGCAAUGCAACAACUUGUAAAGAUGUGGACGAGUGUGAGGAUGAAGAUGUGUGUGGCAGGAAUGCAACCUGUCAUAACUCCUUUGGGAGUUACCACUGUAUCUGUUGGGCAGGAUUUCAGCCAGUUCCAGUACAGACAGGAAAGACCUGCACAGUGCAACCUCUCAACUGUCCCAACCCAGAAAAACCAAACAAUUCCACCCUCACACUGUGUGGUGGGGAAGCAUUCACAAACCCUCAAACCGGUUCCACUGUCUCGCCAAACUCUGUGGGUAAUGGAUCUUGCUUCGUAAUAGAAUCAGUUCACCAAUUACUUGACAAAGUCUGUCAGAAUUUCAGCGUCACAUAUGAUAUCCAGGCUGUCACAAACUUUACAAAUGGUCUGCUUAUUAGGAGUUCAUGGCUGCAGAACAUGACGACCAGUCAGCAGUUAAACGUAACAACGACCAUCUUGGAUCUUUUGGAGAAUACGGCAAUGGCUAUUGCUUUGACUUUGCCCAGUGGAGGAACAAAGUCAAUCUCAGAAGACUCUUUCGCUGCCCAGAUCCAGGUAUCUGGUAAUCAAAGUUUGCCAGACGACUUGGUAAAAAUUGAGAUCUGGAAUAACACCAUGGAGAUAAACUGGAGAACGGUCAUGGGAGCAAAGAACUCUGACUUUGCUGCAGUCUGCUUCUUUGUAUUCAGCGACAUGGAAUCCAUUUUGAACAGCAAGAUCCGGAAAGAUGGGGUCAAGCAAUUGGAGACAACUGAAGGAGCAGGCUGGUUAAACUCCAAAGUGGUAACAGCCAGAAUCAGUAACAAAGCAGUCAGUCGUGAACUGAAAGAAAUGGUCAAUCUUACACUGAAACUCAACAAGAAUACCAAAGAUCAUGAGAAGGCCAAAUGCGUUUAUUGGAAGAUAACAGACGGGGGAAGUUUCUGGUCCCCUGAGAGCUGCUUCCUGAUUUGGUCCAAUGAAAGCUACAUAAUGUGCCAAUGUAACCAUCUGACGAGCUUUGCUAUUUUAAUGUCUCCGAUUGAGAUUGAGGAAGGCUGGUCCUUGCUGCUGAUCAGCACAGUCGGGCUCACAAUAUCCCUGCUGUGCCUCGCCGCCUCCAUCGUUGUGUUCACAAAGUGCCGCUCCAUCCAAAAGGCCAGUAUCAUUGUGUACAAGCACCUGAGCAUCAACCUCUUCCUGGCACAGCUCAUCUUCCUGACAGGAAUCCAUGUGACAAACAAGGUGGUUUGUGCCCUGGUUGCGGGGUGCCUCCAUUACUUCUUUCUAACUGUCUUUGCCUGGAUGUUCCUGGAUGCUUUGCAGAUCUUCAUUGUGUGCAGACACCUCACAGUCACAAAGUUUACUCACACAUAUAUCAUCAGACGGAGGUACCUGUAUCCUUCUGGCUACGCUGUCUCUGCGCUGAUUGUAAUUAUAUCAGCAGCAAUCUAUCCCUAUGGCUAUGGAUCAGAUGAACACUGCUGGCUAGAGUAGGGCUUUCGAUGGAGUUUCCAAGGGCCAGUCUGCCUUGUGAUUGUGGUGAAUAUGGUGUUGUAUGUCUGGACACUUUGUUUACUGAGACCUCAUUUGUCCACACGUGACGUGAAUGUGUCAAAGAUUAAAGACACUAAUACCCUGACCCUUAAGGCAACUGUGAGGUUUGUCCUGGGAUUCACUUGGAUCUUUGGAAUAUUUAAUUUCAACAAUUUCCUCUCCUACCUAUUCACUACCAUCAACACUCUCCAGGGCCUCUUUAUUUUCAUGGUCUACUGUGUUUCCAGUCGCCAGGUGAGGGAUGAAGUUCGGAAAUGGUUCAUCAAGACAAGCACACACUUGACCAGCAACACCUCAAAUGUUCACAUGAGUUCUCUCGAGACUAAGACAACAUAACCCUUCUGAGGAUUCGAGAGAUGACAGCGAUGGGAAUGUCCGUGGUUUGUGUAUCUGUGUCUCUCUGUC